UUGAUAAUAUUCAGUAGUAACAUGGAAGUUUCAAAUCAAUCAGGUAUUUCUGAAUUCUUUUUGAUUGGACUCACAUAUGAUCCAGAUAUUGAGUCAUUUAUCUUUAGCUUGUACCUGUGUAUGUAUUUUGUUACCAUUUUUGGAAACUUUCUCAUCAUCCUGGCUGUAAGUUAUGACUCACACCUCCAUACACCCAUGUACUUUUUUAUUGCCAAUCUGUCUUUUACUGACAUCUGUAUAAGCACAACAAUAAUCCCAAAGAUUCUAGUAAACAUUCAAACACAGGAUGAGAGCAUCUCUUAUGGUGGCUGCCUUUCACAGGUGUGUUUUGUCUUGAUUUUUGGUGGCUUCGAAAGUUGCCUCCUUGCUGUGAUGGCCUAUGACCGUUACUUGGCCAUAGGUCAUCCCCUGAGGUACACAGUUAUCAUGAGUCCUUCUCUUUGUGUGUUGCUGGUUUUACUCUCAGUGUUAAUCAGUACCAUGAAUGGACUACUGCAUAGUCUGAUGUUGCUAAAGCUGUCUUUUUGUACAAACCAUAAUAUCCUCCACUUCUUCUGUGAACUUGUUCAAAUCAUCAAACUUGCCUGCUCUGAUACUUUCCUUAAUACCCUUCUUUCAUAUACAGUUACUAGUGCAUUUUCUGGUGUUUUUCUUGCUGGUAUUAUUUUCUCUUAUAUUCAAAUUGUGUCCUCUAUUCUUAAGAUCACAUCAGUACAGGGACGAAAUAAAGCCUUCUCCACUUGUACCUCUCAUCUCUCAGUAGUGUUCUUAUUCUAUGGGACAGCUUUCGGAGUGUAUAUGAGUUCUGCAGUUUCUGACUCUUCUGUUAAGAAUAUAAUCUUUUCUAUGAUGUAUAUUGUGGUCCCUCAAAUGCUGAACCCUUUCAUAUACAGUCUGAGAAACAGAGAAAUGAAGCAAGCCAUGAGAAACCUUAUCUAUUCUGUUGUCUUAUCAUCUCCAUAA